UUUAAGAGCCCGGUAUGCGUCACCUGACCAGGUCCACGACCACCGACGAGGCAGGACCGUAACCUGCAUUACCAGAAAAAGAAGCAACUAAAAUAGCCAAGAUCUACACGCUAUAGCUCUGAAACGUGGAAACAUACUUGUCUUCAAACUCCCGCCCUUGAGACGGCUGGAAAGAGACACGUCACCACCACCAUCACCAUCAUCAUCAUCAUCAUCCGACCGGACGCGAAGGACACACGGGCUGCGACCGAAUAUUCCCGAGGCUCCGGAAUCCCGAACAGCUUUAUAGUAGAGGAUUUAUCAACGGAGCGCUCCUACAACUCGUUUUUUUAUGUUUAUUUAAUUAAUUACUUCGCAAAAAGAACUCAUUAAUCGCAAAACGCUCUGUCAUUUCGGUUAGAUGGGGUUUUUAAUACAUAUGAUAAUCAAAGGUGACGGUUUAACGUAUUAAUUUGAUUAUUUAUUUCCCGCGAGAGCCAGGAAUCAGCUCGUCGUAGGGCGUUACGCAAUAUAGGCAUUAUCCAGGGUGCUGAAACCAACCCAUGCUAGACGCCUACGAGGGAAUUUGUUUUAAAGGAUUCAAUUGAGAAUAUAUAUUUUGUGCUUUUAAAUACGCAAAUUCAUCCGCUCCGGUUGGAAACCGAAACGAGGAAUUGACAUUGUCAGGUCUAGAGAGCCACCUUGGAUUCCGCCUCUUUUUUUGUCGGCGAAUAUCAUAUGCAUUUCGGCUGUCCUUCCCCCUGAAGUUGAUUCUUGAGGUGGUUGUCGACGCUACCGGGAGAAAAUGUCGGGACAGACUCUGACGGAUCGCAUCGCCGCGGCGCAGUACCAGCUCACCGGAUCCGAUGUGGCUCGUGCCGUUUGCAAAGCCACCACGCACGAGGUGAUGGCGCCCAAGAAGAAGCACCUGGAGUAUCUGAUCUCAACCACCAAUGAGACAAACGUGAACAUCCCCCAGAUGGCUGACACACUAUUCGAAAGAUCCACUAAUGCCAGCUGGGUGGUCGUGUUCAAAGCUCUAACCACGACCCACCACAUCUGCAUCUACGGCAAUGAGAGAUUCAUCCAGUAUUUGGCCUCAAGGACUUCCCUGUUCAAUCUCAGCAACUUUAUUGACAAAACAGGCUCCCAUGGCUAUGACAUGUCUACAUUCAUCAGACGAUAUGCACGCUACUUAAAUGAGAAGGCAUAUGCUUACCGCGCGAUGGCCUUCGACUUCAUUCGAGUUAAGAAGGGAGCUGAUGGAGUGAUGAGGACUAUGGCUCCUGACAAGCUUUUGAAGGCCAUGCCUGCCCUUCAGACUCAAGUGGACACACUGCUGGAGUUUGACGUUCAUCCUAAAGACUUGAAUAAUGGCAUCAUAAAUGCAGCAUUCAUGCUUCUCUUUAAGGAUCUGAUAAAACUCUUCGCCUCCUACAAUGACGGCAUCAUCAAUUUAUUAGAGAAAUAUUUCAAAAUGAAGAAGUCUGAGUGCAAGGAUUCUCUGGACAUUUAUAAGAAAUUUCUGACCCGGGUGACCAAAAUUGCUGAGUUCAUGAAAAUUGCUGAGCAAGUAGGAGUGGAUAAGAAUGACAUCCCUGACAUCUCUUAUGCUCCCAGCAGUAUUCUGGAGUCUCUAGAGGCACAUAUGAACAGUCUAGAGGGCAAGAAAGGGGAAGGGUCACCCACAAAAGGAUCACCCACCAAUAAUGUGUCUCCAACCUCCACCCCCGCCAAAUCAGCCGCUGCCGUCCCCACUUUAGAGCCGCCCCGUGCUGAGGCCUCACCUGCUGCCGCCGAAACUGCCACCGAUUCUCUGCUGGAUCUGGACCCUUUGUCUUCCUCUGGACCUUCUACAGGAGCAUCAGCUGCUCCCACAUCUUGGGGAGAUCUGCUGGGCUCAGAAAUAGGCUCCCUUACUACAGAGACUCUCCUUCCUGACCCAACCCCUGCCGUAGACUCCAGCUCCUCAGCCACGCCCACCACCACAGCCGCUGAGGCAGCCGUUUCUUUGGCUCCUCCUCCUUCCGCUGCCGGUGCUUCCUCCGGCUCAGCAGAUCUCCUCGGAGAUGUAUUUGCGGCCCCUGCGGCUGAAACAGUGGCUGCUGCAGAAGGUGGGGCCACAGCAACCACGCCCACCCCUGCUGCCGACUGCACCGCGCCAACCGAAUCUGCGGGCGCUGGAGAGGCCAAACCAGCCGCAGCAGCUGCCGGAGGAGAUCUGAUGUCAGCUUUUGAUGGAUUGGGUGAUGUGCUCAUGCCAGCUAUGGCUCCACAGGCAGCAGGGGCCACCUCACCGGUCAAACCCAUGGGAGGAGAUCUGGACUCAGCUAUGGCCAACAUGGCCAGCAAUUUGGCAGUGGGGAACCAGAAACCGGGUGAAGCAGCUGGAGGGGCGAACUGGCAAGCGCAGGUACCCACCCCUAGCUGGGGCGUUGCCAUGCCUGGUGCAGGAGCUGCUCCCAUGAUGCCUGGCUCACCGAUGAUGGCUGCGCAGCAACCGAUGAUGAGGCCACAGUUUCCCGCAGCAGGAGCCCCUGGACAACCGAUGUCUCCAGGAAUGGCCCAGAGUCCCAGGAAGCCUCCCCCUCCUAAAGACCCUCUCGCUGACCUCAAUAUCAAAGACUUCAUGUAGAUGAGCAGCUGGUGUAAG